AUUUCAAAGCCAUGCCAUGAAGUAAAUGUGCACAGAAAAAGGCAUAAUCUUAUAUAGGAGAGGGGGUCCAUCCGCAUCGACUAAAUGACCUUGCUUUCUGUUCAAUACCAUCACCAACACGAUAACACUUUUUCUUUUAUAAACUACCCUUUACUACAACAGUAAAAUGUCCGUCUGCAGAGCUAAAAACGUCACAGUCCAGCGCUCUGUGCGCGCUGCCACGCUCUCUCUACACAAGAUAUCAGCUGGCGCCAGAAUCGUCCAACGCCAGCACUUGUCUCAACCAGCGGUCAUCACUACAAACACUACAGCGCGCGUCCUCGUCAGCAGCAACAGUGUCCGCACAUACGCAUCUAUAGCGCCCGCAGCAUCAGCAAGCAUUGCGGCCAACUCACCAAAUAAAAAAACGCUUGUGCUGUUGGGAACCGGAUGGGGCUCGACCACCAUUCUCAAGAACAUCGACACCCGGCACUUUAAUGUGGUUGUAGUCUCCCCGCGCAACUACUUUUUAUUCACACCUUUGCUCCCCAGCUGCACCGUAGGAACCACAGAGAACAUAUCAAUUAUGGAGCCGAUCCGGCACAUUGUUGGCCGUCGUGGAAAAGACAUUCGCUUUUACGAGGCCGAGUGCACAGAUAUCGACACCAAAAACAAAGAGCUAGUGCUCGAACGCCGCCCGAGCGAAAAUGACACAAGCCUCAAAACCCAAGAGGCCACUCUGAGCAAAACGCGUAUCAACUACGACUACUUGGUGGUUGGCGUCGGAGGCACAUACAACACGUUUGGCACGCCGGGCGUCCAGGAAAAUGCCUUAUUUUUGAAAGAAAUGGGAGAUGCGAGCAAGAUCCGCCGCCGCCUCAUGGAAACUAUCGAGAAAGCGUCGUUUGAUGGAAUCUCUGAAGAGGAGCGCGAUCGUCUUUUGCACAUAGUGGUUGUUGGCGGCGGCCCAACGGGUGUCGAGUUUUCCGGCGAGUUGCACGAUCUGGCAGUCGAGGACUUGGCCAAGUGGGUGCCACACCUGGCCAAAAGGCUUAAGAUCACGCUCAUCGAGGCCUUGCCCACCGUUCUACCCUCGUUCGACAAGAAGCUCAUUGACUACACGCAGCAGACAUUCCAGAAAAACAGCAUCCACCUGAUGACCAAUACCACAGUCAAGUCGGUAGAGAAGGAGAGCCUGAAGGUCCGCGACACCAACAGCGGCAUUGAGACAGAUAUUGCGUACGGCACGAUUGUGUGGGCAGCAGGUAUCCGCGCCCGCGAGUUCGCGCACACAUUGCGAGCAAAGAUGCCUGACGUGCAAACCAACCAUCGCGGCUUGAUCAUUGACGACUACCUGCGCGUCCAGGGCGCACCUGACAUCUGGGCACUGGGUGACUGCACGGUGUCCAAGAAUGCGCCGCUGGCCCAGGUCGCUUCGCAGCAAGGGAAAUGGUUGGCCAAAGCACUCAAUGGAAUGACCAAGGAUAGCACCCAGCUGUCAGAUGUGCACAGCCACAUUGAGCGCGCCGCUAAGCCAUUUGUCUACUCGUCCAGGGGGUCCCUGGCCUAUAUUGGCGGUGAGAGGGCGAUUGCCGAGAUCCCGCUGCUCAAUAGAAGCAUCACUGCAGGUGGCCCGUUCGCCUCGCUUUUCUGGAAGUCCUACUGCCUGUGGGAGCUGUUCUCCGUGCGCAGCAGCAUGUCUGUGGCCACAGACUGGGCCAAACGCGCGGUCUUUGGCCGUUCUAUUAGCGUCGACUGAAUAAAAAGGCUUUGCAUGUAUGUAGUAUGUAUGUCGUGUGCCUUGCUUCUCUUAUUUCAAAAAUAAAUAAACAAACAAACA